AGGUGCAACACGUUAAUGGAUCACCAAAAAGUUGCAUAGAAAUAAAAAGUCAAGAAAACGGGUUUUUAAUUUCAAAAAGAUUUUACAUCUUAUUUAACCACAAGUUUUAACUACGUAUUUCCGUCGAGCUGAAAAUUUUCCCAAAAUGAUUUCUAAAUCACACAAAAUUUUGACGCUUUCCAUACUCCUAUUUUCCACAUUAACCGCUGCUGCACCAUCGACACAACUGAAUAAUAAUGAAAUUCCACCAGAAAUUUUGCUUGAAAUCGAUACCAUAAUUCGUUCCUCGAUGGAACGCCAGCACGUUCCCGCCUUCGGAGUCUCGCUCGUCAAAGGGAACGCCACCUACGCGAAAGGGUACGGUUUGCGGGACGUCGAGCACAACCUUCCCGCCGACGGGAACACCCUCUUCGCCAUCGGAUCGCUGUCCAAGUCCUUCGCGGGUCUCAUCGUAACACGAACGCUGCGCGACUUGUACACCGAAAUGGGCGAGGCCGUGCUGGACACGCCCAUCGCGACGUUAGCGCCCUCGUACAAUUUAACCUUUUCGGAUCGAUAUCGGUCAGAGCAGGUGACCUUCAGAGAUCUUCUCUCCCACAGAGUGUGCGUCCUCCCAGAAAUGUCGGGUCUACUGGCGCAAGCGUAUCAAGGAAAGGACGACUUUUAUUAUCGCUUCCGUUAUUCUCCGAAUGCUCAGGAAUGCUCGUUUCGAAAUGGGAUGGCAUACAGCAACGCGUUGAUCGCACUGUCGGGCGAAAUCGUGGCGCACAUGGUCAAUUCCACGUAUGAAGAGUUGUUAACUCAACUCCUUUUUGACCUCGGGAUGACCGGGACGACCUGGAUAAGGGCGAGUGACGACCAUAACAACAUGAUGCAUCGUGCCGUCCCCUACAUCUGGAAGGAGGGGCGGUUACAACGAUACAACACGGAACUAUUAAAACUGAUCGCACCAAUUUUCGGGGGUGGCGGGAUCCUCUCUUGUGUCAACGAUAUGGUCAAAUAUAUGCAAUUGUAUGCACACAAUGGAAAAAUUGGAGAUAAUCAAGUCAUACCAGAGGAGGUCAUGACCUGGAUGACCGCAAUAUCGAUUACUGAAUACAGUGGCAUCACGAAAGGGCUGAGCAACCCAAAUGCCACUGUGGACAUCAGUAUCGGCUAUGGGCUCGCAUUAUUCUCAGGAAUUUAUGAUGGUUGGCGCCGAAUCGGUCACGGCGGCUUUAUGCCGCCCUUCCAGUCGUCAUUCUAUUCUUACCCCGAACAAGGAAUUAGCAUCUUUGUCGCUGCAAGCGGCCCCGGACCGUUGUUGGAAUUGGAGGAAGUCAAGCGUCAAAUUUACUACUUGUUAGCGGGAUUUACAAAAGCCCCAAAAAUCCAACCAGACUACCAAAUGAAGCACGAAUUAUCGUUUUAUAAUAAAUUUCGUAAUCCAAAACCUGCCAAAAGUCAACCCCACGAAGACGUUGAAAUCACACCAGAUCAAGCCGUCGGUUCGUACGGAAGUGGAUUUGAUGGCGAGAUGAACAUAACUUUUCGCAAUAAUUCCGUCGGGAUUCCGCAACUUUACUGGAGCUAUGGCCGAAUGGCGGAGGGCUGGCUGGUUCAAAUUGCUCCCAACAGGUUUUCCUUGUCGAAAUGGGGGUCCGACUUUUGGAUGAUUUUCUGGUCCGUGGGAAUCGGUUUUGGUGCCGUAGAACUCAGAUUCUUGGACCUCGACACUAUUCAAUAUUACGAACUUGGAGCAGUUUUUUCGACAAAUUUUAUAAGAGGGUUAAAACUCGAGGAUUUGCCAGUUAUUCCAUGGCACCCGGAUAGCUGUGGCGUAAGUCUCAUCUUAGGAACGGAUUAUCCAAUAUAAUUAACUAAGAUGAUAAGCCUACGGUAAAUUGAGACAAUCAGCAACUGUUUUCCUUGCGAUAGACUAUUUAAAAUGUAGUUUGUGUGCAAUAACAAAAAAUUUUAGAAUUUAUGUCAGAAUAAAUUCAUGCAUAAAACGUAAA